AUGGAGCGCAAUAUCGAUAUUUACGCCAGCAAGCUGGGCGACGAGAAGCUUGAUAUCAAAAUCCGCGCCAAUGUCGCCGUCGAACUACGAGAUAAUAUCGAGCCGUUAUGCUCUGGUGCAAGCUAUCCCAUAUUCCUUUCAAAGUUAUGGCCGGUGUUCAAAGGUAUACUCAAGGGCGAGCCGGUGUUUACAAACUUGUCAUUCGAGCAGAAACUACGCAAUUGCGUUCUCGAGACUUUACACCGGUUACCGAUGGCCUCUCCCGAUGUCGAGCCCUACGCCGCAGAUAUGGUGGACUUCUUGAUGGACCUCGUACGGAUCGAAAAUGAAGAGAAUGCCGUCCUAUGCAUGAAGACCAUUAUGGAUUUGGAACGCAAUCAGGCAAAGGCAACUGCUGCCCGGGUACAGCCGUUCCUCGAGCUUAUUCAAGAGAUGUUCCAGACAAUGGAACAGGUUGUUCGCGACACCUUCGACGCACCUAGCCAAGCCACACCAUCCGGCAUGCUUCAACACCCGGUGCCACAGCUCAGAACUUUCAAUCUCCUCGACCUAGUUCACCAGCAACUUCAGUAUCAGACCUCGUCCUUUAAGGUUCUAGCAGAAUGUCCGAUCAUCGUCGUUUCCAUCUUCCAGACUCACCGGAAUUCUGUAUCGGCAAAUGUGAAGCUCUUUGUGCCCCUCAUAAAGAGCAUCUUGCUUCUCCAAGCUAAGCCACAGGAGAAAGCCCAUGCGGAGGCAGCUUCCCAGGGCAUGAUCUUCACUGGUGUAUGCAAGGAGAUCAAGAACAGAUCGGCCUUUGGCGAAUUUAUAACGGCACAGGUGAAGACGAUGAGCUUUUUGGCGUAUCUGCUGCGCAUGUAUGCCCAUCAACUUCAGGAUUUCCUUCCGACACUGCCUUCAGUGGUCGUUCGCCUUCUUCAGGACUGUCCAAGGGAGAAAUCCAGUGCCAGGAAGGAGCUUCUUGUUGCAAUUCGUCAUAUCAUCAAUUUCAACUAUCGGAAGAUUUUCCUGGAGAAGAUUGACGAGCUUCUUGAUGAAAGGACUUUGAUUGGGGACGGCCUUACUGUAUAUGAGACGAUGCGGCCUCUUGCCUACAGCAUGCUCGCUGACUUGAUCCACCACGUACGGGACCAUCUGACUCGUGAUCAGAUCCGGCGAACUGUCGAGGUGUACACUAAGAACCUUCACGAUGACUUCCCAGGGACAAGCUUCCAAACAAUGAGUGCCAAAUUGCUUUUGAACAUGGCAGAAAAGAUUUCCAAGCUUGAUGAUAAGCGAGAGGCCCGCUAUUUCCUCAUCAUGAUUCUUGAUGCCAUUGGUGACAAGUUUGCGUCUAUGAACUAUCAGUUUGACAAUGCAGUGAAAGUGUCAAGCGCGUACAAGACAAACAAGAAGGACAUUGAGCCUUCAUCAGAGAGAUACCUUGCCGACAAAGAUCACCCACCCGACUGGGAUGAAAUUGAUAUCUUCUCGGCGUCACCGAUCAAGACUUCGAACCCUCGCGAUCGAGGAGGUGAUCCCGUUUCAGAUAAUAUCUUUCUCUUCAAGAAUUUAAUUAACGGGUUGAAGAAUAUCUUCCACCAGCUAAAGAACUGUAAUCCAGAUCAUAUUCAGAUCGACCCGAACAGUGUCCCUAUCAAUUGGUCUGAGGUCUCUUACGGUUAUAAUGCUGAGGAAGUGCGGGUCAUCAAGAAACUAUUCCAUGAGGGAGCUCGGGUCUUCAAGUAUUAUGGUGUAGACCAGCCACCACCAGAAGUAAAUUACUCUUCACCCUUUGAUUUUUUGGCAAGUCAGUAUACAGCACCAAUGUCACGAGAAGAAAAGGAACUUCUGGAGAGUUUUGGAACCGUCUUCCACUGCAUCGACACAGCCACAUUCCACGAGGUCUUUCAUUCUGAGAUACCCUACCUUCAUGAGCUUAUGUUUGAACAUGGCGCUUUAUUGCACCUGCCCCAAUUCUUCUUAGCCAGUGAGGCAACGUCUCCGGCCUUUUCCGGAAUGGUACUCCAGUAUCUCAUGGAUCGAAUCGACGAAGUGGGAACUUCAGAUAUGACCAAGGCCAAAAUCUUGCUUAGGAUGUUCAAGCUCUCUUUCAUGGCAGUAACGCUCUUUUCAGUCCAGAACGAGCAAGUGUUGCACCCUCAUGUAACCAAGAUUGUUACCAAAUGUAUAGAGCUUUCGGUGACUGCCGAGGAGCCUAUGAACUACUUCCUUUUAUUGCGGUCACUGUUCCGCAGUAUAGGUGGUGGUCGCUUCGAGCUCCUAUACAAGGAAAUCCUGCCCUUACUGGAAAUGCUUCUCGAGACGUUCAAUAACUUGUUGAGCGCGGCUCGGAAGCCUCAGGAGCGUGAUCUCUACGUUGAACUCACCCUUACUGUCCCCGCUCGCCUCAGCCAUCUCCUGCCACAUCUGAGUUAUCUCAUGCGUCCUAUCGUAGUAGCGCUGCGCGCAGACUCCGACCUCGUAGGACAGGGACUCCGAACCCUCGAGCUCUGCGUGGACAAUCUCACUGCUGAUUACCUGGAUCCUAUAAUGUCUCCCAUUAUGGACGAGUUGAUGACCGCGCUGUGGGACCACCUUCGGCCUCACCCGUAUAACCAUUUCCAUGCGCAUACAACCAUGAGGAUACUGGGUAAGCUCGGCGGCCGCAACAGGAAGUUCCUUAACCAUCCUCCAGAACUUACAUUUGAACAAUUUACCGAUGACGCUCCUAGCUUUGAUAUCAAGCUUAUUGGGCCGAGUGAGAAGCGUCCUUUCCCCAUUGGUAUCGGUAUUGAUUUGGCAAUUGCGAAGUUAAUGGAGACGCCGAAGACGCCUGCUGCAAAGGCGUCUGAUGUGUACUACAAACAGCAGGCAUUCCGCAUGAUCUCGUCCCAGCUGAAGCUCUUUAUCGGACCUGAAAACCUCCCAGAGGAUUUGGCAUCGCUCCUUCGGCUGCAUGCUAAUGAUCUCUUCGAGAACAAGACUACUGGCAUGGCCGAUGUCUUGGACAAGUCGGAGCGAUCAAGCUCUAUUCCGAAGAAGCUAUCACAGGAGGUUUCACUGAAGAAGCUUCUAAAGGCUAGCGUUUUCGCCACCACGGUUCCUGAUCUGAAACAAACUGCGACUAAUUUUGUGGCCGAUGUUUGCAAACAUUUCGCAGUUGUUGAAGUUGGACGGGCUCUGGCUCAAGUCAGACAUAACAGGAAGCCGUUCGAUGUUGCCAGUGGCGAAGGAUCGGUGUACCUUGACUCGCGGGUCCUCGCAGAGGCUAUCGUUGAGAGCCUAUCCUCUGAUAAUGCCCCUGUCCGUGAAGGUGCGCAGGCGGCGAUGCAGGUCAUGAAAGACGCAGCUGGCGUCAUCUUUGGCACCCCUGAGCGCAUAUCAAAGCUACCCUUCUUCCAGCAUCUUGGCCGUGUCUUCUGCCACAGCUGUCAUAGUGAAGAGUGGUUUACUAAAGCGGGAGGCAGUCUUGGUAUUCACCUUUUUGCAACGGACUUGGACCUGGGCGAUUCUUGGCUCUUCGACAAACAGGCUGAAUUUGUCCGGGCAUUGAUGUAUGUCAUUAAGGAUACACCGGCCGACCUACCCGCUAGCACAAGAAUAAGGGCGCAAGAUACCCUAGACUUGAUCCUUCGAAGAUGCUGCAAGAAUGUUUCCAAAGAUGACUUGAAGAAUGAAAAGAGCCGUCUCUAUUCUUUGUGCGGAUUCUUUGUCUACGAACUCUCACAUAUGAACAAAUACGUUCGGGAAGCUUCUCGUCGCAGCUUCUCAACCAUUGCUGAGGUCCUAGGGUGCCAAGUCCAUGAACUCAUUUUCCCCGUGAAGGAUCGUCUGUUGCAGUCUAUCUUCAACAAACCGUUGCGGGCCCUGCCUUUCCCCACUCAGAUAGGCUUCAUCGAUGCUAUCACUUUCUGUUUGAGCCUGCAUAAUAACAUCGUGACGUUCAACGAUCCAUUAAAUCGACUUAUGCUGGAGUCCCUCGCCUUGGCAGACGCGGAUGAUGAGUCUCUGGCAUCCAAGCCAAAUGAGUUCAAGAAUGCUGAGAUGAUUGUAAAUCUGCGCGUGGCCUGUCUCCGUCUUUUAUCGAUGGCAAUGAGCUUCCCGGAGUUUGCCAACACGCCCCAGAACACCAGCCGUGCUCGCAUCAUUUCUGUCUUCUUCAAGUCUCUUUAUUCCCGGUCUCCUGACGUUAUCGAGGCAGCAAACGCAGGUCUGCGCGAUGUCCUUACGCAGACAAACAAGCUUCCAAAGGAUCUGCUACAGAAUGGUCUUCGUCCCAUUCUCAUGAACCUUCAAGAUCCCAAACGCUUGAGCGUCGCUGGUCUUGACGGGCUUGCCCGGCUGUUGACUUUGCUGACCAACUACUUCAAAGUUGAGAUCGGUGCUCGUCUCUUGGAUCAUAUGAAGGUUAUUGCCGAUGAUGCAAUCUUGCAGAAAGUGUCCUUUAGUCUUGUUGAGCAAAGUCCACCCAUGAAAGUUGUUGCUGCAAUCUUUAAUAUUUUCCAUCUCCUCCCGCCAGCUGCAACAUCCUUCAUGGAACAUCUUGUGAACAAGGUAUUGGAUCUCGAAGAAAAGCUUCGGCGGACUUCCAACAGUCCCUUCCGCAAGCCUCUUGUCAAGUACCUCAAUCGCUAUCCGAAAGAGAGCUUAUCUUUCUUCCAGGCGCGCUUCAAAGAGGAACGGUUUGGGCGAUUCUUUGGCCAGGUCCUUGCAGACCCAGAAAGUGAGGCGCUGCGUUCUGCGGUAGUUGCAGACACUGAAAGCUUCACAUCCACUUUCUUCGGGCAGGAACCGGCGGAUGGCAAGAACACUGCUGCGAUCAACGGAAUCUACGUUACCCAUUCCAUAUGCUCAUAUCAAUCGACAAAACGCUGGCUUGUAUCUCAUGCGGAUUUGAGGGCUAAGCUAUUGAGCUCCGGACGCGAGCUUGAAAAGAAAUUGCGCAACGAUAAGUUACCAGCCAAUGAGAGACUGAGAGUCGAGCAGGCUGAGGAUCAACUGAUGGAUAUCUUCACGAUCUAUCUAUCGGAGUCAACACAAGAUUUGGAUUUCCUUUUCGAAGUUAUCGAUGGCCUGUCUGCGGAUGAAUUAAAACGCACCUUGGCGUUCCCAAAGUUCAUAUUUCGUCACAUCAUAACCAAUGAGUCCAUUGACUACCGCCGCUCUGUUAUUAUGCGCUGCCUCGAUCUUUACGGCCAACGAACAUGCUCCCAGAAGAUGAAGACUUAUGCAUUCCGCAACCUCGUCAAUCCCAUAUUUGCAAUGGAUGUUCAGACAACAUGGAACCACGCCCCCAAUAGCCCCAAGCUCAUGGACAAGAGCAUGACUGAAUUUAUCCAAAGUCGCCUGUGGAAGCCUCAGUUGGCGGAUCUGAGUGAAGAGUCUAGCCAGUCAGGUGUUGACCAUUCACGUAUGGAGCUUCUCCAGCUAUCAGCCUUGUUGAUCAAAUACCACCAUCAGACUGUGCAAGAUUCUCGCAAGGAUAUCAUCAAGUUCGCUUGGAAUUAUAUCCGGCUUGAGGACAUCAUCAAUAAAUAUGGGGCCUACGUCCUCAUCAGCUACUUCAUAGCCCACUAUGAGACACCCUUCAAGAUCGUGGUCCAAGUUUAUGUUGCCCUUUUGAGAGCACACCAGAAUGAGGGCAAGGCCCUUGUUACCCAAGCCCUUGAUGUUCUGGCCCCUGUCUUACCUACUCGGAUCAUGACAGCAAAUAGUAACGCUCAAGCACCAGAUGCGCGCUAUCCGCUCUGGGCUAAAUGGCCACGGCGCAUCCUGGCGGAAGAGACUGCAAACUUGCAGCAAGUUAUGAGCAUCUUCCACUUCCUCGUGCGACAGCCGGAUCUUUUCUAUGAGUCGCGAGAGCAUUUUGUGCCUCUUAUUGUGCCCUCAUUAAUCAAAAUAGCUUCUCCUCCAAACUCAUCUAACGAGAGUAAGAAGCUGGCGCUCAACCUCAUCAGCCUUAUCUGGCACUGGGAAGAAAAGCGUGUCAAGAGCCAUUCUGCUAUGCCGAACGGUACAAUCGAGUCUCCAAAUACAAAGAAACGUAAACUUGAGGAGGCUCAGGGCACAUCGUCGUCUCCCUCUCUUGCUCCACCCAAUACUCGUGAGCGCACAGAAUACUUGGUGCCUGCUGAUCUUCGAGCUGCAUUGACGAAGUACCUUAUUACCUUCAUUACCACCAUUCCUGAGCGGUUCCCUGUUCCGGCUUCUCGUAUUCGUGACCUUCCUUCCACCAAGACACAGCAACCUGUACUUACAGGAGACAUGGUCAAGAAGGCUGUUCACUUGCUGAGAAACCUCCUUUCUCCAGAAUACUGGGGCGACCUCGAUAUCGAACUCUAUCAGAAGGUUACAGACCCCAUUCUUGCGGGGGAGAAAGCUGACAAACCAGACGAAAAACACAUCACGAGUAUGGUCAAUACUUUGCAAGUUGUGCGGGUACUUCUGGCAGCUAAGCCAGAUGACUGGAUCACAGGCCAUCUACCCUUGAUCCAGAAGCUCUUUGAGAAGCCUCUGCGUUCUGAUAACCCAGAGAUCCAAGAUUGCCUCCACAGCGUGGAGGAUGAAGUGGACAUCUCCCCCAAGCUACAGCCUCCUGUCAGACGCGUUCUCGACGCUUUGCCCGAUGACCAGCCGGAGGAAGAGGAUGGCAUGGACGUCGAGAACUCGCCUUCUGAGUUUGUUACGUAUUUGUCGGCUAUCGCCACAGAAACACUUUCGGCAAACAACUAUGUCUCUAGCUUAAACGUCCUUUGGACCCUGUCCAAGAAUAAGCCCUCCGAGAUGGAUACCCACAUCCCCCAGGUCAUGAAGGUCUUCUCUCAAAAACUGGCGAAGGAACAUGUCGCAGCUUCCGUGAACAAUCAAAACCAGGUUAUUCCAGGCACUAAACCCGGGGAAGGAGUUCCGGACCAGCAAGAGUUUGAAAUUGGUGUGGACUUAAUCUUCAAGACUAUCGAGUUGAUAUCUGUGCGUAUGUCUCAUUUAGGGGAGCAAAGGCGGCCUUUCUUGAGCGUUUUAGCCCAGCUUGUGGAGCGAUCGCAAAACAUAAAACUCUGCAGCAAGGUGCUUGGUAUGGUUGAGACCUGGAUCUUCCAUUCCAAUGAAUCAUGGCCUACUCUGAAGGAAAAGACUGCGGUUUUGCACAAGAUGCUGCUUUUCGAAUCGCGACAAGACCAGACCAUGCUCAAGAAAUUCCUUGACCUUGUCAUCAGGAUCUACGAGGAUUCUAAGAUCACGCGGACGGAAUUAACAGUUCGCUUGGAGCAUGCAUUCCUGAUUGGUACUAGAGCACAGGAUGUUGAAAUGCGCAACCGCUUCAUGACCAUCUUCGAUCGAAGUUUGACUCGUUUGGCUAGUUCUCGACUCAGCUAUGUGCUGACAUGCCAGAACUGGGAUACCCUCGCGGACUCAUUCUGGCUAGCACAGGCAUCCCAUCUGGUCCUGGGCUGUGUGGAUAUGAAUGCACCCGCUAAGCUGCAUUCUGAUGACUAUACUGUCUACCCUCUAUCGUUCCUAUUUGCAAACGCAGACAAAGAUUCGAGGAAAGCCGAUGUCAUGGUCGACAUUCAGUUAGAGGCGUUUGUCUCUGAUCGGAAGCGAUUCGUGGCGGAUAUCAGUGACGUUAGGGCCCGGGAUUUGAUGGAACCACUAUGCCAGCUGCAACACACUGAUUCAAAUGUUGCCUACACUCUUUGGACUAAUCUCUUCACUAUCUUCUGGUCUACCUUGUCCAGAGAAGAUCGCAUUGAUUUGGAGAAGGGUAUGAUUACUCUGAUCACGCGCGAGUACCACCAGAGGCAGUUGGAUAAGAGACCAAACGUUGUUCAAGCGCUGCUAGAGGGCGCAGUUCGUGCUAAGCCACGGUUCAAGAUUCCCCCACAUGUGAUGAAGUACCUUAGCCGGACCUACGAUGCUUGGUACACGGCUGCUGGGUACUUGGAAGAAACGGCCAUCAACCCCAUAAUUGACACACCGACUGUCCGUGAGAGCAACUUGGAUGCCCUUGUUGAAGUCUAUGCAGGCCUACAGGAAGACGAUUUCUUCUAUGGUACCUGGCGACGUCGUUGCAAGUUUGUCGAGACUAACGCUGCUCUUUCCUACGAACAACAAGGAAUGUGGGAUAAGGCCCAGCAGUUGUAUGAGAAUGCCCAGAUCAAGGCUCGCUCUGGGGCAAUGCCGUUCUCGCAAGGUGAAUACUACCUCUGGGAGGAUCAUUGGUUGAUUUGCGCGCAAAAGCUGCAGCAAUGGGAGAUUCUCAGCGACUUUGCUAAGCAUGAGAACUUGAACGAUCUUCUUCUUGAAGCUGCCUGGCGCAAUAUUGAGAACUGGCAGAGCGAAGGCAAUAGAGAGCAACUCGAAUCCCUCAUCAAGUCCGUUUCUGAUGCACCGACGCCGAGACGUACCUUUUUCCAGGCUUUCAUGGCACUCCUUCAAUAUCACAUCAAGAAGGAGAACAUUCAGGAGUUCAACGGCGUUUGCGACGAGUCCAUUCAGUUGUCCAUCCGCAAGUGGCUUCAGUUGCCGAAGAGGAUUACAAAUGCUCACAUCCCUAUUCUGCAGCACUUCCAGCUCUUAGUCGAGCUCCAUGAUGCAAGCCAUAUCUGUGCCAGUCUCUCGCAAACCAAUGAGCGGAACCUGGAUACGAAAUCAGCCGAGCUGAAAUUGUUGCUGGGAACUUGGCGUGACCGCCUUCCUAACCUCUGGGAUGAUAUCAACGCGUGGCAAGAUUUGGUUACGUGGCGUCAGCAUAUCUUCCAAUUGAUCAAUGCAACGUAUCUAAGCUUGCUGCCACCACAGACCAACAAUGUGGCCAGCAAUUCCUAUGCCUACCGCGGAUACCAUGAGACCGCAUGGAUUAUUAACCGCUUCGCCCAUGUUGCACGUAAACAUCAAAUGCCUGAGGUGUGUAUCAAUCAACUUAGCCGUAUCUAUACGCUUCCGAACAUCGAGAUUCAAGAAGCUUUCUUGAAACUGCGUGAACAAGCCAAAUGUCACUACCAAAACCCCAAGGAGCUGAACAGCGGACUGGAUGUGAUCAACAACACGAAUCUCAAUUACUUCGGUGCACAGCAAAAGGCAGAGUUCUAUACCUUGAAGGGUAUGUUCCUGGCUAAAUUGAGCCAUGUCAGUGAAGCAAACGAUGCAUUUGGUGUUGCCCUCUAUUACGACUUAAGGCUUGCGAAAGCUUGGUCCGAGUGGGGACAAUACAGUGACCAGCGAUUCAAGAAGUCUGAUCCAUCGGAUUAUGAGUUAGCAAGCAAUGCUGUAAGCUGCUACCUCGAGGCUGCAGGGCUUUAUAAGAACUCUAAAGCUAGGAAGUUGCUCAGCCGAAUCCUUUGGCUUCUUAGCUUGGACAACGAAGAAGGUCGUGUCGCGGCUGCCUUUGAAAAUUUCAAGGGAGACACUCCUGUCUGGUAUUGGAUCACCUUUAUACCACAGCUUCUGACCAGUCUUUCGCAUCGAGAAGCACGCCUUUGCAAAGCCCUUCUGGUGAAAAUCGCAAAGCUGUACCCGCAGGCUCUCUUCUUCUUACUACGUACGAAUAGGGAAGAUAUGCUCAAUAUCAAGAAGCAGCAUGAUCAAAAGCAAGAGAAGCUGAAUCGUGCCAGACAGCAGCAGGCUCAAGCCCAGGCCCAAGCCCAAGCUUCACCACAGCCUAAGCCUUCCCCAUCAGCUGUGGGCGGCUCACCUGCGCAAAAUACUCAGCCUCCAAAUGCCAAUACAUCCACUCCCGUGCAAGGCCAGGCUAAUCUGCCUAACCAACAGCAAGCCCAGAACCAGAUUCAGCAGGGAAUGGUCCAGGGCCAAAGCCCUCAAGUCAACGGCCAAGCUCAGCAGUCUCCUGCUCAGGGACAGAACCAGGGGCAAGGUCAAACUCAGAACCAAGCUCAAGGUGGUCAACAGCAGAAUCUCCAGGUACCUGGCCAGAAUGGGGCAUCACAGCAAAACCAGAACGCUGGCACAGAGCCUGAGAAGGAACCCCUCAAGAAGCCUUGGGAAUACUCAGACGAGAUCAUGUCCGGUCUUAAGACAGCUUUUCCAUUGCUUGCGCUGUCUAUGGAGACGAUGGUCGACCAAAUUCACAAGAACUUCAAAUGUCCACCCGAUGAAGAUGCCUAUCGUCUCAUUGUCGCACUUUUGAACGAUGGACUGGCGUAUGUUGGUCGCAUGCCUGGCUCGUAUGCACAGGACUUCAAGCUUCCUGCUCCCACGGAAGCAAACAUCACCCGUUUCGCUGAGACCAUACUCCCGGCCCAUAUUCGCAAAUCUUUUGAGGCCGACUUCGUUGUCAAGAAACCUACAAUGUAUGAGUAUAUUCAGAAGUUGCGGCGUUGGCGUGACAAGUUCGAAGAGAAGCUUGAUCGUCGACCUCAGUCCCAGUUCCUCGAGAGCUACUCGCCGCAUCUCAGCGAGUUCCGAUUCCUCAAAUUCGACGAGGUUGAGGUGCCUGGCCAAUAUUUACUGCAUAAAGACAAGAACCAAGACUUCGUUCGCAUUGAUCGAUUCUUGCCUGACAUUGAUCUAGUCCGCGGUAUUGGUGUUUGUCACAGACGCUUGAAGAUCCGUGGCCAUGAUGGUAGUAUACAUCCUUUCGCCGUCCAACAUCCAGCAGCUCGGCACUGUAGACGCGAGGAGCGCAUUCUGCAGUUGUUCCGUAUUUUCAAUGGUCUCUUAGGCAAACGCAAGGAAAGCAGACGGCGCAAUCUUUAUUUCCAUCUUCCGCUCAUGGUUCCGUUGGCACCUCAUAUUCGUUUGGUUCGUGAUGAUCCCUCGUACAUUUCCAUGCAGGGCAUCUAUGAAGACUACUGCCGACGGGUUGGAAUAAACAAGGAUGAUCCUGUACUAUUCACGAUGGAAAAGAUGAGGUCAUUAGCAGAGACGAAGCAGAGUCGGACACCUGAUCAACAGCAAGUGCUUCGAACUGAGAUCCUCACUGCGAUUCAGGAGAAGUGGGUUCCCAGCAAUAUUGUGCUGGACUACUUCCAGAAGACAUACCCCAACUUCUCUGACUUCUGGCUCUUCCGCCGUCAGUUCGCGUACCAAUACGCGGCCAUCGCUUUCAUGACCUACGUGAUGCAUAUGGGUAACCGGUAUCCCAACAAGAUCAUGAUUUCUAGGACGACGGGUGACAUUUGGAGCUCCGAACUGAUCCCAGCUAUCAACCCUGCUAAAGCCUUCUUCUACAACCCGGAGCAGGUGCCUUUCCGUUUGACCCCCAAUAUUCAGACGUUGAUGGGACCCAUCGCCACCGAAGGUCUAUUUGCUUGUGCACUGAUGGCAAUUGCCCGAUGCCUUACGGAGCCCCGUCAUGAGCUGGAGCAGCAACUAAGCAUUUUCGUCCGUGACGAAAUGAUGUUCUGGGCUACAGCACAGCAUCGGGGCGUUCUACCAGUCCCGCAGCUCCGUGAUUUGGUAUAUAACAACAGCGAUAUCAUCGUCAACCGGGCCGUCAGCCUUGCCAGUCCUCCGGAGGGCAAUCUGCCAGCCAACCAAACUACUAUUGACCUGAUCUCCAAGGCCGUCAACCCUCAGCACCUAGCAACCUGCGAUGCUUUGUGGAUGCCGUACCUCUAG